AAAAAUAACAGCAUAAUUAUUUUUCGAUAAUUCUUUACUUUAAAUUUUUUUUUCCUUUUGACAUUAUGGUUUUGUUUGUUUUAGAAACUAUGAGUGGAUCUGAUUUUAGGUCUUUUUUAACAUUCCAUCAAUCAAAGGUUGGGAAAAAAGAUACACGCUUGUUAAUACAUGAGGGUAAAAAAGUUCUUUAUUCUCCUGUUGAUUAUGAAAAAUUAAAUGCUAUUACAAAAAUUAAGCAUUCAGUUGGAAAAAAAAACUUGCUUAGGAUAAAUGAGAUAAAUGUAAAUAACAAUCAAAAUAAAGAGCGUUUUGUCUUACAAGAACAUCGGAGAAUCUGUGAACUUGAAUUGCGCAAUCUUGCAAGUAAAUUCAAAGUUUUACUUGAUGAAUUAGAAGCAUUCCAAUCAUGCAAUAGUAGUAUCAAUAGUAUAUUUUCAGAUAAAGAUAUCAAUGAUUACAAAGUCUUAUUGAAACAUGAUUUUGAGCAUUUUAAACAAUUAACACUUGUUCCUGUCAAUAACCUUCGUGCUGAUAUUAAAGAAUGGUUAAAUGAAAAUAAAGGAGUUUGUCAUAAAGAAAAAACUUUGGCUAUUUGUAAUGAAAUUGCGUCAGUUAAAAAUCAGCAUAAUGUUCUUAUUGAACAACUUCAACAAGAAAAGUCUUCUUUAGAACUAGAGUUGAGCAAAUUAAACAAAUUUUUUAUUUGUCUAUCUAAUGAUUUUGCUAAAAUGUCAUGCCCGGAUGAACUUGUUAAGAUGUCAUGUCCUGAUGAAAGUUUAAAGAAUUCAUUUUUAUCCACCUUUCAAAGACUUAAUGAAAAAUAUGUACAAAAUAUUAAUGAUUUAAAAAUUCGCUUUAAUAAAAUUGACAGUGAUCCUUUAGGUGGUUGGAGUAAGAAUGACAACUUUGUUUUCACAACCGUUGUCAAGCAAUAUUCUAAAAUCACACUAAACAGAAGAAAGUUAUACAUGGAUAGACUGCGAAGAGAGAUGCCUCAUUUUAAUAAUUCUCAAUUGAUUUCUUAUGAAAAAUGGUGGUUAAAUGACAAACUAUUUAAAACCCAACUUCAAGAUAUUUUUUGCUCAUGGGAACGUGACAGAAAUGAUCUCAUAUUUCAAGUAAAGCAUUUGAUCAAAGAAGCACAAUUUAAAUAUGAAGAGAAUGAAGAAAUUAUUUCAAGGAACAUGGAGCAGAAGUUUAUAUGCAAGAAUCUUCAUGAAAAGCUUCGUAAAUAUCAAGAUGAAAUGGAAGAGAUUUUUUUGCUUGAGGAAAAACAAAGAGCUUUAGUUGAAGAAAAAGAACGCAAAAGAUUAGAAAAGCUUAAAAAUUUAGAAAAUAAAAGGAAGGAACAGUUAAAAAUACAGUUAAUAACAUAUAAAGAAGAAAUUGAAAAAAAAGCUGAAAGAAUUAAAACCCAAGAUGCUCUGCGACUUUUAGAAUUGCAAGAUCAAAGAGCAAAACAGAGAUUAAUAGACGAAGAGAGAAUUAGGUAUCGAGAGAAAAUCUAUCAUCAAAAGUUGAUGAAAAGAAAACAAAUCGAAAAAUUAAAAGAAAAAAAAAUUGAGGCUACAGAACGCGCUUUACAAAUUUUACGUGAUCAAGUUUCAGUAACAGCGAAAAGUGAUCCAUUAAGAAUUAUUGAACAUACUGAAGCAUCAAAAGCUCGUUUGGCAGCGGUAUAUGAUUUGGAGAAGGAAGCACAAGAGCCUUUGUUUCCCCUACACACUUAUUCUGUUGAACAGAUUGGUUCAGACAUGCGUUUGAAAGUUGAAAUGGCUUUUCGAAGUGCAAACAUUCACAAAAGCGAUUAUGCUCGCAAUUUGAUUCCUUUAAUUGCUCCUCCUACAAGACCAAGAAAAGAUAAUCAGUCAACCAUAUUUAAAUAAAAUAUUAAAGGUUGUUA